AUGAAGGACAAGAAAAUCGAGUCGCUGCUUCAUGCCAAGGCCGUCGGCGCCGACAGAACUCUGGGUACCAGCAAAAGCGUCAUUCAACGAGAAAUGGCAGAACGGGACCGGCAAUUCCACGCACUAACGCAGCGACUGAAGCAGAAGAUCGCUCAACAGUCCCAAUUACUGAGCUCGUAUGAGGAAGCGAUGCAAUCUCUUCGCAGCGGGAUUAAGAGCACGAAUCUUAUGGAGCUUGAGGAGGAGCGAAGUCAGCUGUAUCAAGAGUUGCGCCACCACCAAGAACUCCUGGGUCGGCAGCGGCUUGAGUGGGAAGCCCAUCAACAAAAGCUAAUAGCAUUCGCGGAGGCAAACGCCAAUAACAAGCUUCAGAUCGCCAAACUACAGCAAGACAACGAAAUCAUUGCUCACGAAAAGCGGAAGCUGGAGCAAGAAGUCGGGUUUCUAAAGUCGCGGGUCGAGCUGCUCCAAAGCAAUCUCAACCUGGAGCAGCGCAAACGGACGUACGACCGCGAGUUCAGUGAAAGUGUUGGGAAACAU